AUGUCUCGCCUCCUCCCACGCCGCCGCCACCUCUCCUCCGGACUCUCCUCCUCCGCCUCUACUGCCUACCUCAGUGAACUCGCCUCCCUCCUCGCCGCCGGCCGCUUCCACCGCGCCGUCGACCUCGCCAAAUCCCUCCUCUCCUCCCAUCCCCCCGCCGUCAGCGUCCCCGACCUCUACCACGCCCUUGCCGCCACAGCCGACACCCAGGACGACCCGCGGGCGCGCCCCCAUUCCUUCCUCUGCGACGCGGCCUCCGCCCUCGUUGUCGCCUCCGCGCGUCUCUGCCAACCCGACGGCGCGCUCCGCCUGCUCUCCCUCCUCGCCAGCGCGGGCGACGGCGCCUGUGCCGGCGCGGUGCGCUCGCCGCUGCCGUCCCUAUCGUCCUGCAACCUCCUCCUCGAGUCCCUCCUAUCCGUAGGCCGCCACGCCGAUGUGCGCGCCGCGUUCGGCCUCCUCGUGGCUGCCGGGGCGCGCCCGGACACCUUCGCGUGGAACAAGGUCGUCCAGGCCUGCGUUGCGGCGGGCGACCUCGAUGAGGCACUCGCCAUGCUGCGGCGGAUGGGCCGUAGCGAAGGCGCCCCUCCUCCCGACGCGUUCUCGUACAACGUGGUCAUCGCAGGGCUGUGGAGGUCCGGGAAGGGCAGCGACGCCCUCAAGGUGUUCGAUGAAAUGGUGGAUAGGGGAGUCGCGCCUAACCAGAUCACCUACAACACGAUGAUUGAUGGGCAUGUCAAGGGUGGGGACCUGGAGGCUGGUUUCAGACUGCGGGAUCAAAUGCUACAUGAGGGCCCAAAGCCAAAUGUAGUCACUUACAAUGUGCUGCUAUCAGGGCUGUGCCGUGCUGGCAGGAUGGAUGAGACAAGAGUCUUGAUGGAUGAGAUGGCAUCAUAUAGCAUGUUGCCAGAUGGUUUCACAUAUAGCAUAUUGUUUGAUGGUCUCACACGAACUGGAGAUUCACGGACCAUGCUUUCUUUGUUUGGAGAGUCUUUGAAGAAGGGUGUCAUGAUUGGAGCAUACACUUGCAGUAUCUUGCUGAAUGGUCUAUGCAAGGAUGGGAAGGUCGCAAAGGCAGAACAGGUGUUGGAGAUGUUGGUACACACAGGGCUGGUGCCAACAACAGCGAUCUACAACACUCUAAUAAAUGGCUAUUGUCAGGUUCGUGACCUCCAAGGGGCCUUCUCCAUCUUUGAGCAGAUGAAAUCACGUCAUAUUAGGCCAGAUCACAUCACCUACAAUGCACUCAUAAAUGGUUUGUGUAAGAUGGAAAUGAUCACUGAAGCAGAGGAUUUGGUCAUGGAGAUGGAGAAGAGCGGAGUGGAUCCGGAGCGUGGAAACUUUCAAUACACUGAUUGA